AUGGCGCCCGCGCCAGCAGCAGCACGUGCACCAAACUGGUCUGCGCUCCCAAUCGACAUCAUGCACAGAGUCGUCGGUCGCCUCCCUACGGGCAACGACCGUCUCCACGCCGGUGCCGUCUGCCGCCAGUGGCGCGCCGCCGUGCGGCGGCGGCGGCUACGGCAUGGCAACGGGCCGGUGGUGUACCUCGCGCUGGUGAACGGGAUGAUGUUCAGCUUCCCGGACGCCAAGCCCGCACGCGCACGGCCAGCCGCCGGCUGCGCGCAUUACUGCGGCGCGUGCGACGACCGGCUUCUGUUCGCCGACAAAGACUACUUCUGCUACCGCUUGACGAGCCCUUUCACCGGGAGGACGACGGCUCUCCCCAGCCUGGCCUACAUCCCCGACGACACGAUGGGUCCGGAUAUAUCCGUGCGUAAGCUGGUGGUGUGCCCGGACGGCCUGAUCGCCGCGAUCAUCGGCCGCGAGCACUUCGCCAAGGUCGCGCUCUGCACGCUCGAGUUCUUCUCCUGGUCUCUCGGCGCGGACGACGAGUGGCGGUGGUACGAGGACAUGGUCUACUACGAGGGGAAGCUCUACGCCAUCACCAACAGCGGGCAGCUCCUCACGUUCGACGUCAGCUACGAGAACACGGGGGAGCCCAAGAUCCGCGGCGUCGAGACCGUCAUCGGCGGCCGUGGCCACAUCGGCGUGGGGGGGAUGCGGUACCUCGUCAAGUCACGCAGCGGCGGGCUGCUCAUGGUCCGCAGGAUCAUGCAGCACGGCAAGUCGACGUAUGCGUUCCAGGUGUACAAGGCGGAUCUCCGGCCGUCGGGGUCACAAUGGGAGCGGGUGAUCGCCCUCGGCGGCGACGAGGCGCUCUUUGUCAGCCGGCUGAGCUCCCGGGCCGUGCGGACGGACCGGGAAGGACUGGAGGGGUAUCGGAUCUUCUUCCUCGAUGAUACGGUCGGCAUGUCGUUCCGAUCGCCGGAGCCCAUGGGUCAGCCUUUGUACCACGCAGGCGUCUAUGACAUGAUGACCGGGAAUGUCACCCAGCUCCUGCCCCGGAUGUGGAGGAAGGACCACGACGGUACAGUGCCGCCCACAUGGCUCUUCCCCGAGGACCCCGACGAGGACGACGAGUGA